CGGGAGAGUCAGGAAAAACCCAGGGACUUUGGGGGAUUGGUGCACUCUGGAGGAGACGACAUGGCAGAAAAACAAAGGGAAGAUGGCUUGGAAGAGGGACAACAGGUGCUUCCAGGUUUUAAGCCAUGCAUACAGGAAGACGCCACCCGUGCUUGGCCGCAGACUGCUGUUGGCAGCCAGUCUCCCAGGCCCAGCAGCCGGGCUGAAAGCUUAAUUCUCCGACGAGGACAGUUGUUGUCCAACUUCAGCAGAAGCAUGAACAGGUCAAGCAGGCGUUCGGGGAACUGGGCAACGGGGGUGGACACAGCCAGACUAUCAAUGGGUUAUGGUAGCACGAGAAGGAAGGGACUGAAGGAUAAGCUCUUCCAAAGCAGCCAGGCCAAACCUAUGUGGGUGACAGCUUCCCAUCAGGAGAGCGUUGUGCUGGACACCCAACCAGAUCAGGAACCUCUCAUGGAUGGGAACACUGAUGACUUGUCCUUAGCUCUGGAUCCAGUGGAGCAUGAGUGGAUGUUGACUGUCGCCCAAGGAGACGCAGAGAGCAUCCUCAACUUACUGGCCAAGGACCCCAGCCUGCUCUCCAGGAGAGACUUUGUGACGGGCUUCUCUGUCCUCCACUGGUUGGCCAAACAUGGCCGCCAUGAAGACUUGAUUGAGGUGAUUUCUUUUGCGGAAAGGAAUUGCUACCCAUUUGAUGUCAACAUGCCCUCAGCCAGUGGCAGACUAACCCCUUUGCACCUAGCCGCCCUCCAAGGCCAUGAGAUGGUCAUCAAAGUGCUGGUGGGAGCCUACGGAGCCAAUACAAGCCUUCGGGACCACAACGGCCGCAAGGCGUGGCAGUACCUCCGAGCAGAUGCUUCCAGAGAGUUAAAGGAGCUCUCGGGGGCUUGUGAGGAAGACCUGGCCCAGCUAGGAACUGGAAACGCCAACAACAACUGUGCUCCAUCAGCGCGAGGUGGAAUUGGCAUGUUCAAGGGGGACAGCAAGGAAGCCAAGGGCAGAGGACACAGCCAGAGGGCCACGCCCAGACUGUCUUAUUUCAGGAACAAGUUCAGACAAGCCAUUGCGUUCUUCCAAGAGCGUUAGAUGCCUGCUCUGUGGUUGAGGCAGUUGGACCUGUUGGCUGUGAGUGGACUGUAAUCAAAGCCAUUAAAUGAGAGGCUGGGACUGUAGAAGGAGGAAGCACUGGAGGUGGCUGUUGUGAGAUUGAGAUAUGUCGCCAGAAGGGGAUAGCUUCAGCAAACCUGCCUGCGUUUGCUUUUUGGCCUCAGGUAUGAGAUCCAAGGCCUGACAUUUGGAAGGAAGGGGAGGGGAAGGGGUGACAAAGGGGAUUGGUGUGACAAAAUGGGUAAGGCUAAGUUUGGGGAAACCCCUAUUUGUCUCCUUGUUCCCCAGAAAGGAACCUGCAGAUAGGGGAGGGGGUGACACAGUGGAUUGGUGUGACAAAGUGGGUAAGACUAAGUUCGGGAAAGCCCCUAUUGGUCUCCUUGUUCCCCAGAAAGGAACCUGCAGAUAGGGGUGUGCAUGCAGUGUGCUGAAAGCAACUGUAAUUCUGCACUAAGAAAAAUAAAUUCCGCAACCUGUGCAAGGUUUGCUCCUGUGGAAAAAACCUGCGUAUUUUUCUCUUCUUUCUUUCAUAUUCCCAGAAAGAGAAUAGGGGUUUGCUAA